AUGAAUAUUACACCAUGUUCCAUUAAAACACUCAAGGGGUUAUAUGAUAUAUCGGGUGUAGAAGUAGGCCAACACUUCUAUUGGCAAAUAGGAGGUUUUCAAAUUCAUGCCCAAGUACUCAUCACUUCUUGGGUCGUAAUUACUAUUUUGCUAGGUUCAGUUAUCAUAGCUGUUCGGAAUCCACAAACCAUCCCGACCGACGGUCAGAAUUUUUUCGAAUAUGUCCUUGAGUUUAUUCGAGACUUGAGCAAAACUCAGAUUGGAGAAGAAUAUGGUCCCUGGGUUCCCUUUAUUGGAACUAUGUUCCUUUUUAUUUUUGUUUCGAAUUGGUCAGGUGCUCUUUUACCUUGGAAAAUUAUAGAGUUACCUCACGGGGAAUUAGCAGCGCCCACGAAUGAUAUAAAUACUACUGUUGCUUUAGCUUUACUAACAUCAGCGGCAUAUUUUUAUGCGGGUCUUAGCAAAAAAGGAUUGAGUUAUUUCGAGAAAUAUAUUAAACCAACCCCAAUCCUUUUACCCAUUAACAUCCUAGAAGAUUUCACAAAACCAUUAUCGCUUAGUUUUCGACUUUUCGGAAAUAUAUUGGCAGAUGAAUUAGUCGUUGUUGUUCUUGUUUCUUUAGUCCCCUUAGUAGUCCCUAUACCGGUCAUGUUUCUUGGAUUAUUUACAAGCGGUAUUCAAGCUCUUAUUUUUGCAACGUUAGCCGCAGCCUAUAUAGGUGAAUCCAUGGAAGGCCAUCAUUGA